AUGCUCGAUGUCAGGGCGUUGAAUGAAGCUUUCGUUAGAAAUACGACACACGACACUGAUGGCAACAAAUUGGCGUGGCUUAAAUUUAAGUGUCUCAGAUUUGAGAAGCAGCGUCCUGGUGUAGUCAAAUUUCGCUACAGCCAUGAGGGCCCCUACUCUGAAUUUAAUGUCCAACAGAUUUACGGUGGCCCGCCAAAGCCGCUGAGAUGCACAAAGAGGCGCAAGGGGCGUGUACCUGAUGAACCAGACAACCAUGACGACGCCGAGGACUGGACCAAUAAGAUAAAAAAAGACUAUCCCAUUCCAAAGGCAUAUCCACAGGCAUUGCCUAUAUCUGAGGCGAAAAAAAAAGAUCUCUUAAAUUUAUGCACUAAGGGAGUUAUUCCUCGAGAGCUUCAUUCAUGGUACCAAAGUCUGCCGACCAAUAAGACAGUUAUUGACAGAUUGUGUGAGCCUGAUGUCACAGAACCAGAUGACGAGGACGAAGAAUUAACACGUCAAAAUGGCGAAAGGAGAGAAAAAUCUACCAUUAUUUUGGAUAAUUUUAAUUCAACGGCAGACCUAGCCGGCAAUCCAGGAUUUCAGUCCACACUAAGCUUGGGCUCAAAAGAAGUCAUAAAUGAAAAGGAGUACAACCCCUUUGAGCACAGAAAGGUUGAGCAUCCGAAUUCGACCAUCGGUUCCUUGGUUCAUUUGCUGAAAUCCUCCCUGGGGUCCGGCAUCCUGGCGAUGCCGAACGCCUUCAAGAAUGCGGGGCUGGCGGCUGGCGCACUCGGAACUAUCGUCGUUGGGUUCAUCUGUACACACUGCGUUUACGUAUUGGUACGGACAUCACAAGAAGUAUGCGUAGAUGCCAAGAAACCGUCCAUGGGGUUCGCGGAGACCUGUGGAGCAGCGUUCGAGUACGGACCGAAGCGGUUGCGGCCGUGGGCCGGUUUCGUCACAACGCUUGUGGACUAUGCCCUGACGGUUACAUACCUUGCGGCGCUCUGUGUGUACAUCGUGUUCAUUGCUGAAAACUUCAAAGAGGUACUAGAUGAAUACAUACCAAACUACAAGCUGUCAGUCGAGACAUACUGCGCCCUAACCCUCGUGCCCUUAGUCCUGAUCUGCCAAAUCAGGAACCUGAAGUGGCUGGUCCCCUUCUCGGCAAUCGCUAACGUACUGCUUGUCAUCUGCUUUGCCAUCACUAUGUACUACAUCUUCAGUGGACUACCUAACCCUAAGGAACGGGUCAUGGUCGCAAAAGUUACUCAGUGGCCGUUGUUCAUUAGUACAGUGAUCUUCGCCAUGGAAGGCAUCGGAGUCGUGAUGCCGGUGGAGAACGAGAUGGCGAAACCGCAGCAGUUCCUCGGGUGUCCUGGGGUGUUAAACGUGGCCAUGACUAUCGUCAUAUCCUUGUACGGCAUCGUCGGGUUCUUCGGAUAUAUCAAAUAUGGCGACGAAGUGAGGGGCAGCAUCACUUUGAACUUGCCACAGGAUGAGGUAUUAGCACAGAGUGCAAAAAUCCUCAUGGCCCUAGCUAUCUUGUUCACAUACAGCCUCCAGCUGUACGUACCCAUGGAGAUGAUAUGGAGAGUCAUUCAUAACAAGAUAUCCGUCAGAUACCACAACAUCACGCAAAUCUGUAUCCGGACCGCUGCUGUAGUUGGUUCAGUUGCGCUGGCAGCAGCCUUCCCAAACCUGGAGCUGUUCAUCAGCCUCUGUGGCGCCAUCUUCCUUUCAACCCUCGGACUCCUCACCCCAGCCAUCGUGGACACCGUCCACAACUGGGACCGAGGACUCGGCCGGUUCAACUGGAUCCUAUGGAAGAACAUCUUCAUUGGAAUGAUCUCGCUGAUAGCUCUGUUUGCUGGCUCGUACAAGAGCAUCAGCGAUAUGGUGGCCAAAUAUGGACAUAGUGAGCAUGUGGAGAGUAUGAGUUUAAAUGUGACCAGUAAUGGGACUUGGGUGUCAUAAAAGUUUGAGUAAUUUUAUUUAGUAGGUAUUAACAUUCUCACAGCAUUAUCACAGCUUAUAUAUUAUUUACUUUUUAUACGUAGUAGUCCCGAAAUGGAAAUUAAAACUGUUGUGAUUAAUUUUAAGACUAAGCUAAUAAUAAGGGUUGAAUACACAUGAGUUGAACUUACUAUUGAAUUUAUACGAAUUACUGAUGGAGUACUAAAUUAUAUUCAAAUUGAAUUCCUUGACUAUUAUUAAACAAUAAUGUGAUGUGAAUAAUUAAAGCGCGUGUGUAGAGCUCAAAUAUCCGCAUUAUCAACUUAGCCGGGUUCACAUUUAAGCUAUAAGAACAGGUGCCGUAGCCGAAUGGCAUUUCUGCGACGCGAAAAGAAAACGAAACGCCGCGAAAGGUAGUCUGGCUCGUCACGCUAAUACGCAAGAACGAUAGAGAUAGAUAUCUACGAGCGUUUCGUUUCGUGAGUGUUUCGUGAGCGUUUGUGCCAUUCGGCUACGUACGAAGGUUACAGAUUAAUACAUAGUGAUACCCUGUUAGUAAAUCAGGACAGCUACGCCUGCGAGCCGAUUAUCACAUUGACAUUGAUGCCGGAUUUGGAAGGGCUCAAUCCAUUCGCAUUGUAUUUUAGAAAUAAUAUAGUAUAUUAUAAUAUGACUUAACUUAACUUAAAAUUCUUUAAAGUUAGUCAUAAGCAGAUAUCAGACAGUUGGGCGUCGUUUGUAUGACGUUUUCGGUAUAAUGAACCAUAUUUUAUUUAUUUAUUUAUUUAUUUAUGUUAUGGAGAACCAACAGCUAUAAAACUAGUAGUAUAGGUACAACAAUAUAUGAUUCAGAAAGCCAAUUACAGGAUCUCACAGAUAGAUACAAAGUAAUAUUAAUUAAACUAAUGCUAGCACUUAUACCAACGCACACACAUGCUCACAAAAGUGGAAUAUAAAGAAAGAGAAAACAAAACAGAAAGUUAAAUAAGAUGAAUGCAAUAACAGUCAACAUAAUUAGUCAACGUUAGAAUGACGCCCAGUUGUCCGAUCUCUAGUCAUAAGGCACAAUUAUUAAUAUAUUAAAUUAUCUCUAAAUAACAAUGCGAACCUUAAAGUUAUUUAAGAUAAGUUAAAAUUAUAAUAGCUCUAAAUACUUAUGACAUAAAUUGAAGAUAUCAAUGUCAGAGGUAUAUUUUUUUAAAGUAUAUUUUCUCUGUCUUAAUAUUGAAACAGAUGAGCCUUUAUACACAUGAACAAGCCUUUCAAGUCAUAAUAAAAUAGAUUUAUAUUUCUUUAGAUAAGUUUAUUUACUUUAUCUAUCAACAUUAAUAUUUUAUAAGUACAAUGACUUAAUUUAUAGCAUAAUAUUUUAGUUUAUUUGUUUACAAUUUUAUACAU